AUGGCAGCCUCCCAAUUGGCAGCUCUAGAUGAAGCUGGGGAGGGGGCUCCGGUUGAGACCCCACUCAGCAAGGCAGACCCAUCCCUCCUCUACUCGGAAGGCCACAGGCUGGCCCUGGAGACCCUCUUGAGUGAGGGAGCUGGGGCCUUCGCUUCCUGCCUGCUCCAGGAGAAGCUCUCGCCUUUCCUGGCAGCUGAGGAGGUCCGCAGUCUGGAGGCGCAGGCAGAGGACUGGGGGGCAGGGGAUGAGGGGACCCCAAACCAGGAAAGAGGGGCUGACAUCCCCGAGCAGGGGAGCCUGACCUACUUUCCAGGCCGCUCAGAUGAGCCACCUCCAGACCUGGGCCUGGGUUGGCCUGAGUCUCAGCCAUGGAGAGGAAUCACCCGAGCCCGACUCUAUACCCAGCCCCCUAGGGAAGGGGACCCCUCCAUUAAGGAGUUGGUGAGGAAGGCUAUUCAGGAGGCCCAGAAGCUUAUAGCAGUGGUCAUGGACCUGUUCACGGACCCCGAUCUCCUGAUGGACCUUCAUGAGGCUGCUACCCGCCGCGGGGUUCCUGUCUACAUCCUCUUGGGCCACCGCCACCUCCCUGCCUUCCUGGCCCUGGCCCAGCAGCUGCGGAUGAACCCCCGAGCCAUGGAGAACCUCGAGGUCCGCGUACUGAGAGGCUGUGGCUUCCAGAGCCGGAGGAAGAAGCAUGUGACAGGGGACAUGAGAGAAAAAUUUGUGUUGGUGGAUGGAAACAGUGUCAUCACAGGCUCCUACAGUUUUACUUGGAGCGACUCCCGCUUACACCGAAACCUGGUAACCCUGCUGACUGGGGAGAUUUUGGAGGCCUUUGACAGAGAGUUCCGGACACUCUAUGCCACCUCCCACCCACUGUCCCCUUCCCCUUCCUCCGGCCCCUUCCUCAGCGUCCUGGAGGGAGUCCAGCUGGCCCGGGGACGCCACCACAUUGCCCGCCGCUGCUCCGUUGCCCCUGUCUUGCUACCACCCCAGGAUGAUGCACCCCAACACCACCUGGUCACCUGCCAGACCUCUGAGGACUCCAAGAGGCCCUCGCCCACUGGGCCGGCCCUAAGUGAUAUCUUGAGGAAUAUCCAGAGGGUCCGGCCCACCAGUGGCCCCUCUCCCCGGCCCAGCCGCUCCCUCUGGGACUUGAGCUGCCUCUCCCAGUCCAGUGAUGGGGAUGGGAGACUGGGUAGAGAGCCAAAGACUCCCUGGGCCACCCAAGACACGCCCGCCAUGACUCUGAUGAGACAGCGAGGGGCGAGUGAGGACCCUAGAGCCCUGGUGCGACGGUGGGCCAACCCUGCUUGGCCUGUGACCCCCGGGCGGUUCCACUACCCAUUGCCAGCCCAUCGGAGGCUCGGGGAGGAUCCCGGGCAGCAAGGCCAUGGGCAGCCUGAAUAG